GCAGCUGCCCACACAGGCACAGCACAUGUCACUGUCAUGGUAACCUGUUACCCUCCCAGCUGCUGUAGGACUACAGGUCCCAGCAUGCCCUGGCAGGAGCUGCCAGAGGGACAGGGGGUGGCUGAGGCUGAGCUAAUGGCUCCUGGCAUUGUCUGUGGGUGGCCAGGACCUGGGACUGUACCUGAUGAAUGGGUCACUGCUUAGAUCCCACACAUGCACAAUUGUCAGAUAGCCCCUAAUAAAUCUCCAAGGAUGGUGCCAGGAAUGUGUCUCCCUGACACUGGGGCUCAUUUACCAACAUUGCAUUUAAUGUAUGUGCAUUGUGCAGCCAAUCAGAUGCUUGCUCUCACUGACUACUUUGCACUGACCAGACACAAGGUGGUAGUUCUUGAGCAUAGUGCAUCCCUGGUUAUGAAGAUGAACAACACAAAGGAACAGAUAUCUGAGAAGAUCCUGAAUCACGCACUGGAGAUCAUCUACCUGCUGACAGGAGAGAAAUAUGUCAUUGUGAAGAAGAAGUCUCCGCACUGCUGUAUCCAUACACAAUCUGGAGCGGUGCCUAUAAAAUGUGACGACAUUGCCGUCUAUUUCUCCAUGGAAGAAUGGGACUAUAUUAAAGGACACAAGCAACAGUACCAGGAUGUUAUCAUGGAGACCGACUCGCUCAGCAACACCGUGGAGAUCACAAAGCCUUUAGACCUGGAAUUGCCAGACCUCCAUAAUGAAGAUUUCAAUUUUGUGACCAUUGACGGAAAAGGAGAAUACGAGAUGGAACAAGGCAAAUGUGAACUGAACGACCAUUACCUGGAGCCAUCUGCAGCUGAACCUGCAACGGACAUCAUGGAAGAACUCCAGUCUGCAGCCCCUUUAUUGCACAGUGCAAUAAAAGUCGAGAUAACAGACGAGAUUCAAGAAGACCAUGCAAUAGGUGGCCUCACAAACACCACAUCCCUAUUAGAUAAAAUCGCCGCCCCACGUUACCGGUGGGAUCAAAACAUCUGGAGCAUAAGCGAGAGAAUUGUGUGCGAUGGCAACAACAGACUCUACAAUCACCCAGCCAUGAAUCCUCCAGGAGGGGAAAAGUAUUCCCAACAAACUCCGUACCCAGUCUAUAACCAGACAGCCUUGGACGAAAAGCCCUUCCGAUGCCUCGCCUGCGGACAGCUGUUUAAGUACAAAUCCAGUGCAACAAGACAUUACAAUGUUGUACACGGGGUAAAACCUCACCAGUGCAAUGAGUGCGGCAGGAGGUUUUCAACUAAAUUUAAUUCUGUCGUACACAAGUGUCGCGCUCACAAAAACGCUAGGGAUAAAAAACCCUAUCAGGCCCCGUCCAUUUGCGAUUUUACGAAGUUUGAAGACUGUUUACUAUGAUGUAACUAAAUGCAUGAACUUAGAGCACAUCUUUAAAUUGUUAAUUUACCGUACACAGUCAUUCUGAAUGAUGGUCAUCCUUUAUUUCACUGGGGUGGUUCAGUUGAGACGUGCUUAGCUUGUGCUUAGUGACAAGGGGUCCAGAUGGGAGGAAUCGGACCACAGAACAGACGCACUACAGUUUUUUGUGUUGAAACUGAAAAAAGUUUUUUUUUAUUGUAUUUAUAACGGAUAUCUACAUUGAUGUCGCACAUUUCACACAAGUUGUGUGCGUUUAUUUUGAAAGGGACAGUUGUGCUUUUUUUGUUUAGGUCAUUCUUUUGUAAAAUACUGUAGUUGGACUUUUGCUGGUCUGUAUAUGUUUUUGCUCUUUGACAAAAUGUGUAGCUAUUCGGAAUAUAGGUUAUUUAUAGGUUUUCGGUCAUUCUGGACUGUAGAGGCCAGCUGGUUUAUUUAGUAGUAUGGUGAAAUAGGCAGACGUUUUCCAUUACUAUAAAUGAGUAAUCGCCAAUUAACGGCUGGGCGGCACGUGCCACUUUUAUGGUCUACACGAGUGGAACAUUUAACUCUUUGGUUCCGUUACUUGUACUUCUGAUGUAUGCACUAAGUUAUUAUCUAAACAUUGAGCUAAAUGUGAUGAUGUUGUGUGUUUAAUGAAAUAAAUGGGUACACGAGAGACCUCUUUAACAUAUAAUAACAGGUUAUGUUGUAUGAACACUAUGAACAGAGGUGUACAGUUACAUUAAAUGUGUUUUUUGUUUUGUUUUUUAAUCUAUUAGUGAUUUGCCAGUUAUUGAAAUAAGUGUUCUUGUUAUUUA